AUGGCUUCCCAGUCUUUCUCAGGCGUGGUACACGCAUCAGGAGAUGGCAACCUAACUCACCUUCCCCUCGAAGAAGUCAAAGUGAACACAUUAAUUGUAGACGUAUCUACACGAGUCGAUGUUACUCAAGUUUUCUACAACCCGUCGAUACAGUGGACACCUCGUGCGAAAUACGUCUUUCCCGUUCCUGCACGGGCCGCCGUCUGCGCCUUCGAUAUGGGCACGUCCACGGGCAGAGUCAUUGUCGGCGUGGCCAAGGAAAAGGAACAAGCCAAAGCAGAACACGAAACUGCGAUACAGGAAGGAAGGACUACUGCACUCGUCGAAUGGAUCACUAGCGACAUAUUCAGCAUAUCUCUCGGCUCUAUUGGGCCCCGAGAAAGGGUCACAACCCGUCUCACGUAUGUCAUGGACCUCAUGGAUAACGAUGCAGCCACAGAGGUCCGCUUCCAAGUCCCAAUGUGCAUCGGACAACGUUACGGCGAGCCUCCCAGAGGCAUGGUCGGAGCGUCGUUCGCUUCGGCACAAAUAAGGGUGCGCUUCGACGUUCACAUACAGAUGAGGGGCGAAAUACGGUCAGUCGACAGUCCGUCCCAUCCAGAAAUACAUGCGGCGGCCCACCAGACGCACCUCGGUCGCCCCUCACGCCACAGAUUCCUCGUUCGGUUCCGCUCUCCAGAUUUCUUGAAGACCGAUUUCGUCCUCGUCAUCAAAGCUACGGAUCUCGACAGGCCUCGCUGCUUCGCAGAGCGUGACCCUACGGGCUCCGGAUCGGUCGCCAUGCAACUCACCCUGGUACCCAAGUUCGACCUGCCCCCAGUGACGAGGCAGGAGUUUAUCUUCGUAGUAGACCGCAGUGGGAGCAUGUCUGGCUCCAGAGUCGAGACCGCGAAGCGCACACUGAGUACGCUGCUGAGGACGCUCCCCAGCGCAGGGACAUCUUUCAAUAUUUUCAGCUUUGGAAGCUACUGCAACAGCCUUUGGCAGACCAGCGAGGUGUACACGAACGAUGCUCUCGAUGUCGCGACGAGACAUGCUGCGUCGAUGGACGCGAAUUACGGCGGCACUGAGAUAGGUGCAGCCCUCUUGCGGGCCUGUAAUGGUCGCGAUCCGUCUAGGCCGACCGUUAUGUUCGUACUCACGGACGGAAAGGCCUAUGACCAGAUGGUAUACACCGUGGUCGCGAACGCAGUGGCGAGGUCGACGGCCGCUGCCCCGCUGCGCGUCUUCACACUUGGCAUCGGAGCAACAGCGUCCUCAGCCAUGUGCGAAGGCAUCGCUCGAGCGGGGAACGGCAAAUGCCUGAUGGCGCUAGCGUCGGAGGACAUAGUGGGCAAGUGUGCAACGCUCAUGCGUGCGGGCCGCAGCUUCCUCCUCAAGAAUGUCUCGGUCGAUUGGGGCAUCCCGCCCGACGCAGCCCGACGGUUCGAAGAUCCUAAGAUCGAAACGUCUUUCCAUCAGGCACCGACCGGCAUUAGGGACCUCUACCCCGGAGUCCGCCUCGUCGUAUUCGCUUUGAUCAAGAACGCAAAGUUCGCCAUCCCGAAGACCAUCACGCUGCAUGCCCAGCGAGACGGAGUGGGCGAAGUGCUCGAGCUCCCUGUUCCCGUAGAGAUCGUGCGCUUUGUGGACGAGAACGGGCACAGGCUGAUACACACGCUGGCGGCGCGACGGCUCAUCACUCAGCUCGAGGACGACGCUCUGGUCAGCCCGACCAUGUCGGAGGACGAGCGCAAGGCCGCGAUCGUCAGCCUCGGAGAGACGUAUCAGCUCGCGAGUCGCUACACGUCGUUCGUCGCGGUCGAUGACGACGGCGAGAAGCCGCCCCCAAUUCCACGCCCCGCAUGGGCCAAGGCAGCUUUCGCGCGCCGGGAGGCAGAGAAAGCUCGUCGCGCGCAGAGGUGCCUCGAGAGGAGGGGCUUCCUGGACACGCUCAGCGAAUACGUCGGCACCGCGCUGACAUUCGGCGGCCUCGUCGUCUCGGAGUUCUUCCGGACCUGGUUUGGCCGGCCGGCGCCUCCUCCCCCUCCUCAGAACCCGUCUGCGGCCCAGAGCGAGCUGGCGCAGGAAGAGGAGCAGACGGCGCAGGACGGCAAACCCAGGCCCCAGGAGACGGACUAUGAUUCAGACGACACGUACUCAACGAUGAGCUCGCUCAUUAGCUCCUCCAGCUGGACAGAAACUGACGACAGCAGGCCGCCGACCCCGGACCCGCAGGCUAGAAGCCCGUCGCCCGACUUGGACCUCGACCCCGCACGGCAGAUCCCUGGGGCGUACGCUAGCGAUGAAGGUCCGACAGGUGGACCCAUCGACGACUCGGUGCAGGAGCUGCUGCAGCUGCAAACCGCAGACGGGUCGUUCGAAACCACUGAGUCCCUCAAGCGAGUCAUUGGUGAGGACGUGGUCGAGAACAGCCGGCCACCACAAGUGGACGAGCGCUUGUGGACAACGGCGCUGGCGGUUGCGUACUGCAGGAAGCGGUUGGUUGGACACCAGGAUUUGCUGGGUUGCAUCGUUGAGAAGGCAUUGGAGUACGCGUUAAGGGCAGGUUGUGGUGAUAUGGACUUCGAGGCUCUCGUAGCAUCCGCUGCAAGACUAGUAUCGUAG